CUCCGUCGCCCCCUUUAUUGGGCCCUAAAGGAAUCCUCGCUCCGGGAUAGAGAGAGAAGCCGGUGAAGACUGAGCAGAGCAAGAAAUAUGUCUGUAGGAAUUGCUGGCGGCCGCCUGGCGGAGGAGCGCAAGUCGUGGCGCAAGGAUCACCCCCAUGGCUUCGUGGCUAAGCCGGAGACUAGAGAAGAUGGUACAGUUAACAUGAUGGUGUGGCAUUGCACUAUCCCUGGAAAGGCUGGGACAAUUUGGGCAGGUGGUCAUUACCCUUUGACAAUGCACUUCAGUGAAGACUACCCAAGCAAACCGCCAAAGUGCAAAUUCCCCGCAGGAUUCUUCCACCCGAAUAUCUAUCCUUCUGGCACAGUUUGUCUAUCCAUCCUUAAUGAAGAUAGUGGUUGGAGACCAGCCAUUACAGUGAAGCAGAUUCUGGUUGGUAUCCAGGAUUUGUUAGAUGAGCCAAAUGCAUCGGAUCCUGCUCAAACGGAAGGAUAUCAUCUCUUCAUUCAGGUAGAUAAUGCAGAGUAUAAACGGAGAGUUCAACUUCAGGCCAAGCAAUACCCCCCACCAGUCUAUUAGAUAUUUCUUGUUUUGCUAUAGGGGUAUAUCUCUGUUAUUUAAGUUAUGUAAUUUCUAAAUUCUAGUUCUCGUGGUCUAUUUCAGUGGAUCAGUCAGUCAAUGUAGCUGGCUCUUACUGAAACUUAUAUAGUAAGUCUUCCUGGUAACUUUUCAUGUGUUGCUAUGGUAUAAAUUGAUGUUUUGAAAUUGAAUGCUGAGUAAGCACAUAACUGCAAACAAGAUUAUUCUCACUUAUGCGUUUCAUGAGAGUAUGACGACCAGACACUUUUAAUACUAGUAUAUAACUGUCCUUUAUAUAAGCCUUAUGGAUUUGAA